CCGCUCCGCUCUUACUGCUUCAGUUUGAGAAAAGUUUUCGUUGAAGUUAGACGUUCGAUAGCUCUAAGUGUGUUGAAUUUUCUCGUGCGUUGCGUUCAUACACUCCAAAGUUGUGAAUAUCUUAGUGCAUAAACAUUUUUUGGAUUUGAUUCUUUUUGCUACAUUAGCAAGAUAUUGGGAUUUUUGUUUGAACUUCAAGUGAUUUUUGAUUAAGAUGGUUGUGCUAGAAGGGGGUGGAUUGUUAUCAACUGCUGGCAAUCAGUACCUACAACCGGAUUACUUGAGCCCUCUACCUACAACGCUUGACGCAAAGAAAAGUCCGUUAGCGCUCCUCGCGCAAACAUGUUCCCAAAUCGGUGCCGAUUCACCCAACAACAAACCGCUGCUAUCUUCCUUGGAAAAGAAGAAAUCCGAAUCGCGCACCUCUCCAGUAACUCACAAAAGUGACAAACGUUCUACCCCUAUCAGCGACAACAAGCUGGCGUUCAAGCCGUACGAGAAUACAGUGUUGACCAAACGGGCCGUCGAAGAUUCGCGUCCAAGUAGCCAGAAAAGUGUCGAUAUGGGGAAAAAAUCGCCUUCGUCCGGUAGUGAUCGCAAAUCCGCCUCGCCUAGUGUUCAUAAUAAUAACAAUAAUAAUAGUGCGUCGAAUACUCCGACUCUUGACGCGGGCAAGGCGUCACCAGGAAGUCACAAAACAUCGACUCCCUCUGCUAGCCCUAUAAUACGUUCUGGAUUGGAAAUGAUGCAAGGCCAUUCGAAAGACUCACCAUUGGGUGCCUAUAAACCUCUAUCAUCUAUGCAAGGAAAUCUACCUAAUCCAUUAAGUUCUUUGUGUUGUCCUCCUGGCUUGGAACACGCUACAAAUCCAGCUUUUCGACCACCGUUUCCUGGUGCUCCUUACUCUCACCAUCAUAGUAUGCUCGGUUAUCCUGGAGCAAACCCUGGACCAUACCUGAGCUAUGCUAGAGUAAAGACGCCUUCAGGUGGUGAAGCUUUAGUGCCAGUUUGCAAGGAUCCGUAUUGCACUGGAUGUCAAUUUAGUUUACAAAAUCAACAAUUGCUAAUGAGUGGAGCUGCUGCUGCCGCCGCAGCAGCCGCUGGUCCCUGUCCAUCAGGCUGUACCCAAUGUGACCAUCAAAAAUACAACUUGGCAAUGGCGAUGUCUUUAGGACCCCCAAGUUCAUUAGCAUAUCCUUCAUUGGGAAGACCUUAUGUAUGCAAUUGGAUAGCUGGCGAUUCUUAUUGCGGAAAACGAUUUGUUACCUCAGAAGAACUUCUGCAACAUCUCAGAACGCAUACUAGUACUUCAGAUCCUGCAACUAGUAGCGCUGCUAGUCUUCUUAAUCAUUCUGCUUUACUGACAGCAUCUGCUCUACACCGAAGUGGAUAUCCCAGUGGACCUUUGAGUCCAUUAAGUGCUGCUAGGUACCACCCAUAUGGUAAACCAGGUCUACCAGCUGGUCUCACAGCUUCACCUUACAGUGCUUUCAAUCCAGCUUCACUAGGACCUUAUUAUUCACCCUAUGCUCUUUACGGGCAAAGAUUGGGAAGUGCUGCAGUGCACCAGUAAAAAUUAUUUAGCGAAAAACAUAUUUUUUGAUCUACUUAAUGAAAAUACCUAGGUCAUUUUCGCCUGUGAUAAUCUUUGUAAAUAUACUGUUGUUUUUGUGUAUUAUAUAAAUUUUCGAUGAGAGAGUACUGAAUAAUAAAAUUAUUGUAAGAAUUUUCUUUGAAAAAUCAAACAAUGUGCAAUGUUAUCCUAGGAUUUGUGGAUUCUAGAAAAAAUACUUUGAAUUUUACUUUAUUUUUCGGUUUCAAUUUUACUUAAUGAAAUAUUUUUUUUAUUUUAUAGAAUUUAUAUAAAUUUUUAGUUUUCUGGAGUUCUUAAAUACUGUAAAGGAUUUAUGUACUAAUUAGAUAUUAUUAUUCUAAUUAUGAAUGUUGAUUUACUAUACAUUAUCAUUUGAAAUAAAAAAUCUGUUUCCUAUAAUAGCA